AGGACGGGGCCGGGUGGCCGGGCGCCUCCACGGAGGGCUGGGCCCAGGGCGGGCGGCUCCGACUGGGGGGCCCUGCACGGCUCGUGAGGCUCCGCGCUUUCUCUGGAUCAAGCUGUGGGUGUCUGCAGCUGUGGCUGCACCCCGGGGCCCUGCCUGUGCCUCAGCGGCUCCGUGCACGUCCUCGUGCCCCAGGACCAUGCCGCCAGCUCCACGUUGGGCCGCGGACUGCCUUGCAUGUGGAAUUGACACCUGGAGGGGCGUCCGUAGACCGAGGGGCAGGACCUGUGUGAUCCAGAUGUGAGGCUUUGCAGGCGGGAUGGGCAGGGGGGUGCUUGCCAAGCAUCCCGAGUCACUAUCAGCAUGCCAGCAUUCUCUGGACGCUCUGGUCCCAUUUCUUUCUAAAGCAUCCACCACCCGCCCCACCUUUUUAUACUUUCCUCGAGAUGAACCAGAUCUCUCUCGCUCAAUUCCUUCCCUCAAAAGUUCUGACCCCACAUCACGUGAGGAUGAAGUGUCUGACUCCUGCUAGAUGUCCUUAGCGCCCAGCUCCUCUGGACUCCUAAGCUGCUUGCCCUCCCUAGGCCUGAGGCCUAGCUUUCUUUCAUUUAGCUUGCUUUCUGGCCUUUUGAAAAAGCGCUGUGAUGUGUGAGUUUCAUUCCACUCCCAGGCUUUCCCCCAGGAGUGGCAAGGGCAGGGAAUGUUCAACCUGGGACAUGUGUAGGACUUGGGAAAUGCAGACAGGACUCAAAAUUCAAUAAAUCUUUAGUAGCGUGAUUUUUUUUUAGGUUGUUCAUAAUGUAUGACCUGUGAAUGAAAUUGUAAGGAUGUAAAAUGGGUCCUUUUUGCUAAAGCAGUCUGCCUUGGAACAAUUGACAAUCUGGACAGGAGUACCUGCCUCUGAACUUCCUUUUAUCUUUUUGCAAUGGCAGCAGAAACCAAGCAACUACAGCCCCUGGAGAGAUGCUAAGUUUUUCUUGACCUGUGGCAGCGACAGAAACCUUUGACCAACCUGGUACUUCGGGUCCAGCUGCGUGCUCCUUCCGCCGGCCCUAGGACACGCAGGCUGACAUUCCACGCCGUCUGGAGCAGCAACCUGUUCCCCUGUCCCAGCCCUGUUCCAACUGGGUCUGCCUGUGCCCUUCCUAGCCGCCCUUAAAGCAACAGCACAGUGACCUGUUGACUGCCAAAACCACAGAACCUGCUAUCCCUUGAUCUCCAGUUGCUCCUGAGCGCAUCGUUUGCCCCGCUCUGUAGCUUCCUAAAUGCCCAUGUUGUUGGCUUGGGUUCAGCUGGUGGCAUGGAGGGGUGCUGCCGAACACUAACCUGAGAGUGUGUGUGACCCUCUGACCCAAUGGACAUCAAAGGCCAGUUCUGGAAUGAUGACGACUCGGAGGGCGAUAAUGAGUCAGAAGAGUUUCUCUAUGGAGUUCAGGGGAGCUGUGCAGCUGACCUGUACCGACACCCGCAGCUCGAUGCAGACAUUGAAGCCGUGAAGGAGCUCUACAGCGAGAACGCUGUGGCCAUCAGAGAAUAUGGAACUAUCGAUGACGUGGACAUUGACCUCCACAUCAACAUCAGCUUCCUUGACGAGGAAGUCUCAACCGCCUGGAAGGUCCUCCGGACAGAACCCAUCGUAUUGAGGCUGCGGUUUUCUCUUUCCCAGUACCUCGAUGGGCCAGAGCCUUCGAUUGAGGUUUUCCAGCCGUCGAAUAAGGAAGGGUUUGGGCUGGGUCUUCAGUUGAAAAAGAUCCUGGGCAUGUUCACAUCCCAACAAUGGAAGCAUCUAAGCAACGAUUUCUUGAAGACCCAGCAGGAGAAGAGGCACAGUUGGUUCAAGGCGAGCGGCACCAUCAAGAAGUUCCGAGCUGGCCUCAGCAUCUUCUCACCCAUCCCCAAGUCUCCCAGCUUCCCUAUCAUUCAAGACUCCAUGCUGAAAGGCAAGCUGGGUGUGCCAGAGCUUCGGGUUGGGCGCCUCAUGAACCGUUCCAUCUCCUGCACCAUGAAGAACCCCAAAGUAGAGGUGUUUGGCUACCCUCCCAGCCCCCAGGCAGGUCUCCUGUGCCCCCAGCACGUGGGCCUCCCUCCCCCAGCACGGACCUCUCCCUUGGUCAGUGGUCACUGCAAGAACAUCCCCACCCUGGAGUAUGGAUUCCUUGUGCAGAUCAUGAAGUACGCAGAGCAGAGGAUCCCGACGCUGAAUGAGUAUUGCGUGGUUUGUGACGAGCAGCACGUCUUCCAGAAUGGCUCCAUGCUCAAGCCAGCCGUCUGCACUCGGGAGCUGUGUGUCUUCUCCUUCUAUACACUGGGCGUCAUGUCUGGAGCUGCCGAGGAGGUGGCUACUGGAGCAGAGGUGGUGGACCUGCUGGUGGCCAUGUGCAGGGCAGCACUGGAGUCCCCCAGGAAGAGCAUCAUCUUUGAGCCUUACCCCUCUGUGGUGGACCCCACUGAUCCCAAGACUCUGGCCUUUAACCCUAAGAAGAAGAACUAUGAGCGACUGCAGAAGGCCCUGGACAGCGUGAUGUCCAUCCGGGAGAUGACCCAGGGCUCAUAUUUGGAGAUCAAGAAGCAGAUGGACAAGCUGGACCCACUGGCUCAUCCUCUCCUGCAGUGGAUUAUCUCCAGCAACAGAUCACACAUUGUCAAACUACCUCUCAGCAGGCAGCUGAAGUUCAUGCACACCUCACACCAGUUCCUCCUGCUGAGCAGCCCUCCCGCCAAGGAGGCUCGGUUCCGGACCGCCAAGAAGCUCUACGGCAGCACCUUUGCCUUCCAUGGGUCCCACAUCGAGAACUGGCAUUCGAUUCUGCGCAAUGGGCUGGUCAACGCAUCCUACACCAAACUGCAGCUGCAUGGAGCAGCCUAUGGCAAAGGCAUCUACCUGAGCCCCAUCUCCAGUAUUUCCUUUGGAUACUCAGGAAUGGGAAAAGGACAGCACAGGAUGCCUUCUAAGGAUGAGCUGGUCCAGAGAUACAACAGGAUGAACACCAUCCCCCAGACCCGAUCCAUUCAGUCAAGGUUCCUGCAGAGUCGGAAUCUAAACUGCAUAGCACUUUGUGAAGUGAUUACAUCCAAGGACCUCCAGAAGCACGGCAACAUCUGGGUGUGCCCUGUGUCUGACCAUGUCUGCACUCGGUUCUUCUUCGUGUAUGAGGAUGGGCAGGUGGGCGAUGCCAACAUUAAUACUCAGGACCCCAAGAUACAGAAGGAAAUCAUGCGUGUGAUCGGAACUCAGGUUUACACAAACUGAGGGGGCUGCAGCCCUCCUUCCACCCCGACCCCAGGAUCCAUCUGCUCUGGUGAAGGGCUCAGGAGCCGCAGAGGAGGCUGACCUGAGGAAUCAAGGGGCCAGUACCUAGGAGAAGAACAAGGAUAGAAGAGGAGACCACGAAGGAACCACUCCACAUCCGGAUGGCCCUGACUGACUCCGACGCCUAGUGUCCCCACUUGACUUCCCCCGUUUGUAAAUAAACCAAUAAAAUGGAAGGUGCUGUGGA